ACUGUUUUUAUGCUUUCAAGCAUGAUUUGACACAUGCUUUGUAAACAACAGGGUAUGUUUCGUUAGAAUUCUAUGCGAUGUGUAGAUUAUACACAGUCUGAGGAUACACUGGUAUUGGUAAUUGAACAGGAAACUUUACUGUACAGUUGUUUUUAUAUUAUUACGACCAAAGUUCGACUAUUGGCCCCGUUGUGAAAGUGCCUAUCUAUACAGAGGCGUAAAGGAGCCUAGGCUACUAUAUCUAAUAUGUUUUACACGGCUGUGAUGAUAUCAGGGGCCUGCCAUGGGAUAUAUCUCUCUCAUCAAGAAGACUGACAGACACAGAUGUUCGUUCACACUGCUGUGGUCAUGUUAUCUUAUGGUUCACUGCUAUGGUUGAGACACCACCCUGGAAGACAACAGAAAAGCACUGAGUUGCCAUUCAGUUGGUCAAUUAUGGGAGAGAUAGAUUCAGACAGGUGUACUGUGGGAAAGUUUUCCACAAGAAAGAUGAUUGACACAAUUCAACAUCAUAGUCACUGUUAUGUCAUAUGGGGACCAGACCAAAAGGCAAGCUCUAAUGUGGACUAUAGAUUAGUGAUAUGUGCCAAUGCGUACUUGAGAUUUCAAUGUUUGCCAAUCAAUAAAACUUUUCCCAAAGCCUGGACAUUGACAUUUUAAUGGUGCAGACUGAGUGCCAACUGCCAAGCUAAACAUUAAUGGAAUAUUUCUUCAUGCAUCUACUCUGUGCAGGUUGGGAGUUGCACAACAUGGUGUGGAUGUCUGUUAUGAACCUUUUUUUACUGUAAAUGAUUAACUAGUUCUUUACUUAACCAUUACAUGCCCAGGUUAGUCUUUUUGAGAUCAAAUAUAUUUUUGAAGAGAUACCUGGUCCAACCAAGACAGCAGCAAUGCUUUUGCUCAGCCUGUCCUUCAUGUCACAGGACAUACUUCACAUUUCUCUCUCUGGCCUCUUUUAUUGCCACAAUAAGAUCACUGUCACUCAUUGAAAUAGAACCUAAGGCAAUCCCCUUCCUGAAUCCCAGGGCUUUCCAGCGGUUCAAAGUGCACUGAAGAUCAGGCCAUACAGUGGACAUCGUGCUACCCCUUUCAUUUACAGUGCACCUCUAUUUCCCCUUCUGCUUUGUAAUUUACUUGAAAUGCACAGAGGUACAGUCUUAGAAAAAAGUUGCUAUCUAGUGAACCGUUUGAAGGACCCUUUUUUGGUUGAUGGACAACCCUUUUCCCCAGAGGAUUCUAUACUGAACAAAAAUAUAAACAAAACAUGUAAAGUGUUGGUUUCAUGAGCUGAAAUAAAAGAUCCCAGAAAUGCUCCAUAUGCACACAAAGCUUAUUUCUCUCAAAUUUUGUGCACAAAUUUGUUACAUCCCGGUGCGUGAGGAUUUCUCCUUUGCCAAGCUAAUCCAUCCACCUGACAGGUGUGGCAUAUCAACAAGCUUUUUAAACAGCAUGAUCAUUACUCAAGUGCACCUUGUGCUGGGGACAAUAAAAGUCCACUCUAAAAUAUGCAGUUUUGUCUCACAACACAAUGCCGCCUCAAGUUUUGAGGGAGCAUGCAAUUGGCAUGCUGAUGCAGGAAUGUGCAACAGUGCUGUUGCUAGAUAAAUGAAUGUUAAUUGCUCUUAUAAGCCACCUCCAAAGUCGUUUUAGAGAAUUUCGCAGUACGUCCAACCGGCCUCACAACCGCAAACCACGUGUAUGGCAUUGUGUGGGCGAGUGGUUUGCUGAUGUCAACGUUGUGAACAGAGUGGCACAUGGUGGCGUUGUGGUAUGGGCAGGUAUGAGCCAUGGACAAUGAACACAAUUGCAUUUUAAUCUAUGGCAAUUUGAAUGCACAGAGAUACCGUGAUGAGAUCCUGAGGCCCAUUGUCAUGCCAUUAAUCUGCCGCCAUCACCUCAUGUUUCAGCAUGAUAAUGCACAGCCCCAUGUCGCAAGGAUCUGUACACCAUUCCUGGAAGCUGAAAAUGUCCCAGUUCUUCUAUGGCCUUUAUACUCACCAGACAUGUCACCAAUUGAGCAUGUUUGGGAUGUUCUGGAUCGAUGUGUACAACCGCGUGUUCGAGUUCCCGCCAAUAUCCAGCAACUUCGCACAGCCAUUAAAGAGUAGUGCGACAACAUUCCAUAGGCCACAAUCAACAGCCUGAUCAACUCUAUGUGAAGGAGAUGUGUCUUGCUGCAUGAGGAAAAUGGUGGUCACACCAGAUACUGACUGGUUUUCUGAUCCACGCCCCUAUCUUUUCUUUAAGGUAUCUGUGACCAACAGAUGCAUAUCUGUAUUCCCAGUCAUGUGAAAUCCAUAGAUUAGGGCCAAAUUAAUUUAUUUCAAUUGACUGAUUUCCUUAUAUGAACUGUAACUCCGUAAAAGCUUUGAAAUGAUUGCAUGUUGUGUUUAUAUUGCCCUUGACAAUCAACCGCUCUCUGUCAUGGAUGAUGUUUGCUUUCACCGACUGGUCGAGCACCUUGAGCCCUGGUACACACUACCAAGUAGGCGCUAUUUUUCAGAUGUUGCCCUACCAGAGUUACACAAUAUUGUUGAAACGCACAUCCCUGAGCUACUUGCUAUGUGCGUCACUGCUAUUAGCUUCACGACUGAUAUUUGGACCAGCGAUGUCAGCCCCAUGAGCAUGUGGGAUUUCAUACUGAGGAAAGCCGUAUUGCAUGCUCAAGAAUGUGGUGGUUCUCAUACCGCUGCUGCCGUUUCAAUGGCAUUUGAGACUUUGAAACAUGAACACACUAGCUAGCUCCAUUCGAACAACUGACUCAAGAAAUAAUCUCUUCAACUGCAUCUGCAGCAGACGUGAUACCCUCUGUCAUAGCACUGAAACGCCUGCUCAAAACUGCAGACAGACCGUGGGGUUAAAACUUGUAAAAGUCCUUUACAAGAGGCUGUGAACAAGCGAUCCGGUGGCAUUCUCUCUGAGCCUCUUUACUGUGUCGCCACCAUGCUUGAUGCUAUGUACAAGGACCACCGCUACUUCGAUACAGACAAGAAACAGGGUUUACAUGAAAUGUUACAGACACUGCUGGACAAGAUGGAAACUGACACAGUGACAGUGCCCCCCGAGGUAGAGAGGCCACGGACAGACCGAGCCGGAACCUCCCUGCUUUACAUGAAUGAUGAAAUCCUGGUUGAGACUGAACAAAUGAACAACGAAACAACGCAGCAAUUGCUUCCCCAUCUGGAUCCAUCUGUGACUUUCAGCCAAUUAGCAGAGGCCCCCUGAACCCCUGGCACCUGUCCCUGUGCCAUGCCGAAGAGUGACAUGUGGCCGGGCGGCGUUGCCAUGGAAUCCUUGAUCAGUAUGGACAGCACUGGGAGCUGUGACAGUGUGGUUAGCAUGAACUCUGGCUUUAGUGAUGACAGUCUGGAGCACCUCUCUGUUGAGGAGCGGGCAUGCCUCAUGUUUCUGGAGUCCACCAUUGAGUCCCUGGAGAUGGAGGAGGACAGUGGCCUGUCAAAUGAUGAGCCAGACCCCAGCAGCCUGGCAGCCAAACCUGGCCACCUCUCUAUGGAACAGGCCAGAUUGGAGGAUGUAUCAGAACUCCAGCAUUCUGACUCAGGAAGGGAUCAGAAGUCCUUUCUGAACUGCAUAGUGCCUACACCACUUAGAGUGGCAAAUAGCCUUGCCAGUAUCCAGCUUAAAGCCCCAGGUUCUGCCACCCAGCCCACUGCUCCAGCUGCAGAAAUUGAGCCUAGAGCCCCAGCCCCAGUAGUAGCAACCCAGCUCAAUACCCCAGGGGCAUUUACUGAUCUCAAACCUCCAGGGGUAGUCACUGAACCCACAGUCUCAGAGGUAGUCACAGAACGUAAAGCUCCAGAGAUAGCAACUGUGCCUAAGUCCCCAGAGUUGAUGACUGACAUCAAAUCUCCUGGGUUGGACACUAUUUCAAAAGUUCCGGUGUUGUCCACUGAGUCUAAAACUCCAGAGUUGGCUGCAGACCCAAAAGCUUCUGCCUCGGACACGACCCCAUCCUCAGCCACCUCAGAUAAUUCUGUGGACAACAUGCCUAAAGGAGUCUCUGUAGACAGCAAGUCUGCAAAACGUCAAUCUAAGGUUCACUCUGAGCUGGAUCUGAAGCUGAUUCCCCCUCCCUCAGACUUCAGGGAUGAUGAGCCAGAGGAGGAGAGUGAACUUCCAGUGCCUGCAGUACUCAGAGUUCCACUAACCUACAGUGAGCUGGAGCAACUACGCAGGAGAACUCCACCAGCCUCGCCUGGAGCCCAACAGACACCACCUUCUAAACCUCCUGUUGAUCUGCCUGUACCUGUUAGUACCAACUCACCACCCUCCCACUCAGAGGCCCUAACCAUCCCCAUUCCUGAGACCCUGGAAACAAAGAACCCACCUGCCGUGGCCCCUAAGCCCAAGAGGCUUCCCUCCAACAUCAUCCAGAAGUCCUACAAGUCAGAUAGUCACCCAGGCCCCCCUCUCUCCUUGCCCAUUGACAGGUCGAUCAUUGAUCCCCAGAAGGUGCGUUUGGAGGCUCUACGGAAGCUCGGGCUCCUGAAGGGUGAGGAUGGAGACUCAGGCCCUGUAGUUUCAUCCAAAUCCCGGAAGUCAUGGGCACCCACUCCCUCUCCUCGCAGCCCAGAUGCCACCCAGACCCAAGCCCCAGCCCAAAUCCCUACUACUUCCCCAGCCACUACCCCUGGCCAAGUCCCAGCCACCAUCCAUACCCCAAUCCCAGUGCCUGCUGCAGUUGCUGUCCCAGCUACCACAGAACCAGCCCGAGCCACUACCCUUGCUCCACUUCCAGCCCCAAUCCAAUUUAGUGACAAUGCCAAAGCUCUGCUCUUGCCCCUUACAACCCCUCCUUCACCACCCAAGCAUAUUCCCCCUCCCGUAAGGGUCAAAUCAGCCACUCUGGAGCGCUCCAGCAUGGGCCAGAGAAGCUACAUGGCCAGCAAUGCCUCCCUCAGGGCAAACCAGGCUCCCAGUGUCCCUUUGUCCCCCAGAGACCAGCGUAACUCUAGACCCCGCCCGGCCUCCCUAGGAACUGGGAAAGACUUCAUGAAUGUUCAGGGUGAGGCCUGCCACCCCCAACCAGGUCAUGGGGAGUCUCAGAACAAGCUGCCCCGUUCCCAUGGUAUCAGUGUGCUGAUCUGCCCCAACAGCAAGAGUGGAGAAGACCGACGAGAGGCCUUGAAGAAGCUAGGACUGCUGAGCGACUGAGGGAAGGGAGAGGGGAAAUGGAACUGCACCAUUAUGAAAUCCAUAUGAGGGGUGAGGUCUGAGGAGGAGGAAUGUCCUUAAUAUGGAUUCUGUAUAACUAAGCCCUCCUCUAGUUUUUGACACUGAAACUUAUGGGAAGAUUACUCUCUCCAUAAGGCCUUCUUUGAAGCAACAUGCAGAGAGCACUAUGUGUUUGAUGAAAGAUUGUUUGGCUUUACAGAAACCUGUAUAUUUAUGGAAUGUAUUUUUGCCUUCUUGCUGCACAGAAAUGCUGUAUGUACCCUAAGACUGGCUUUCAUGAAUAACCUGUAUCAUACUACUAUGAGAUACUACUCUAACUACAGUUUGCAGUACAGUGAGUAUGUAUGUAUGUAUGUAUAUUCCUCGUGAAAUGUGUUAGGCUGUUUCUGAAUCUAAUUUGACAUUCAGUAAUUUGAUCAUUGUCUAUUUUCUAAAUAAAAUAUAAUACACUUUA